AUGGCAGAUGAAGCACCAGAACCGAUUCGAAACAUCGGUAAAGUUCGAAAGUUUGUUGUUGGAUCUGACUUCGAAGCGUAUGCCGAACAACUGGAAUUCUUUUUCGUAGCAAAUAGCGUGACUGAUGCUAAACAAAAGAAAGCUGUCCUGUUGACGAAUAUGCCUGCAGAAACCUACCAGUUAACAAAGGAUUUAUUUGCUCCACAUCUACUAAAAGAGGGCACGAUCACGUACGAAGCGAUAGUCGAGCGACUUCAGAAACAGUUAAAGCCACAGAAAUCAGCAUUAGUAGCCAGAUACGAGUUUGAUAAUCGAGCGAGAAACGCUGGAGAGACGGUGAGUGAAUACGUAGCUGUUUUAAAACAUUUAGCUACAGAAUGUAAGUUCAACGAAACGAUGCGUUUAGAGCGACUUAGAGAUCGGUUAGUAUCUGGUAUUCGUGACAGAAAAAUGAUGUCAGAACUCUUAAAACUUAAGCUCGAAGAACUGACCUUUGACACAGCCGUUGCUAAAUGCAUCGCUAUUGAACAAUCAUGUAAGGACGUUGAAACUAUGCAAGGGGGGAGAGAUUCAAACCAUACGAAUAAGGAAUCAGAUUCAGUGAAUUUGUUAAAUAAACCUGAAGAGCAAAACAGGAAUACGAAAGCCAAGAAAGGAAGGGACGCCUCUCCUUCCCCUGCAGACCCCAAGUGUUACCGUUGUCAUGGUGAUCAUCAGCAUAAAUCCUGCCCCUUUAAAAAUGCAAUUUGCCAUUAUUGUAAGAAGAGCGGUCAUAUUCGGAGAGCUUGUAGAAAACGAAGCAAAGAAACACAUAGUUUCAAACCCCCAGUAAAUCACAUUGAUGAUGAUGAUGACAGUGACAGCGAUGAUUACCUGGUGGCUUCGGUGGCGAAGUGGUUAGCGCACUUGCCUUUCACCUCUAAGGCCGCAGGUUCGAAUCUCGAUGAGGACUUCUCAUUGUGACUGGAACCCAGUCCUAGUGUGAAAAGAGUAAGUCAACGCUCUGCCGAAAGUCGUGGGUUUUCUCCGGGCACUCCGUGUUUCCUCCCACAGGGAAAGUUGACAGGGUGGGUUAGGCACAUAACUAUGUAAAUGCACGACCACAUCAGCUAUGCUGCGAAUUUAAUCGUGUUGAAAUAAAUGCUACAAACAAACAAACAAACCUGGCUAGUUUAGAAAUAAAUAAAGUGGGAAACAAAGAUAACGUAAUAUGGGUAACCCCCAAAGUUGAAGGAACACCCUUAAGAAUGGAGCUAGACACAGGCUCUGCAGUUUCAGUUAUCCCGUAUCAGUUAUACAGAGCUAAGUUUAGUCACAUAAAGCUACAGAGAAGUCAAAUCACACUUAAAACUUACACAGGGGAAAAGCUGUAUCCAAAAGGGAAAAUCAACUGUAGAGUUACGCCUGUAUUCAAAAAGCUCACUCACACUCACACUUGAGUGUGACUCGAAUGAGAUGCACUCAAGUAGGGUUGAAGUGUGAGUGAGAGUGGAGUAUGAGUGUGAGUGUCCACUCAACGAGGGAGCACUCACUUUAUAAAAUAUUAGCUAGAUUUGUAUUCAAAGAGCUCACUCGAGUGUGACUUGCUGGAGUUUGGGUUUGAUGUUGAUGUAGAAGGUAUAUAAACUAUAGUGAGACUGUUGUAGACUUCUCAAUGCAUUGUACGGGGUUGCUGAACAAUAUGGCUGAAGCUAGACAAUAUUUUUCGCAAUUGGAAAAGUUGCUGUUAACUGAAUUAGUGCCAAAAUACAAAGAUCUUCUAGAAAAUAAAAUGAAUAAUUAAAAGCCAUACAACGUAUAUUAAUUGCAUUAUCAUAUUGAAUAUGUUAUUCAUAAUUUACGUAAAAUGUUGCAUUAUCAGGGCUUGUCGUACCGCAUUGCCCAAACGUCGGUAAAACAUCUACAAUCAGUGACAAAAGGUUUUUGGACAGUGGUAUAAUAUAUACAUAUCUCCGCAUUUCCAAAUACUGUUCAGCAUAAAGCCACUAUCCCUCCCUCCCCCACCCUAAACAAUGUUGGGUGGCUGGCAAGGAACAUUUUGCGCAGGUAUUUCCACACACAACAUUGAACGGGGGGUGCGGGGGGUCGAUUAUGUUGUAAACGUACGCUGUUUAGCUAUUUUGUCCAAAGUGUUUUGUCACUGAUUGUACUUCUUCCUCAUCGCGGCCAGAAUAUGUUCUGGUUCAUAUAGAUAUGAAGUUGAACAACACAGCUGUAACAACAAUUAUAGUUAGGGACGUUUGCAAUUUUGUGCGAAGGGUUGUUGAAAGACAUGGAAAUAGCAUUUUCCAUACGCCAAACAUCAUUUCCACGGUGUUUCGUGUACGUACGCAUUUGUGUUACAUCAGUUAUAUCUGUGUUGCGGUAGUUUGCGGUUGGGUUUGCGAUCAAUUGCUGGUGUCAUUAGAUGUUGACGGCAUGGAUAACCGUUAUCACCAACUAAUAUACUCUCUGGAUAUCACCACGUUCAAACUGUACACUAUAUGCGACUAUUGCCGAAUAUUCUGGCGUCAUGUAUGCUACCUGGCCAACGUGCAACAAUGUUUAAAAUAUCUAAAUUUGGCCCGCAAACAGCUUGAAUUCGCCAGAAAUCAAGUUUGAGUUGAUCCAAAAUAUCGCCUUCAGGAAAUGUUAUGUAAUUGUUCCUUAAGCGCGGUGGGAUUGCCUCGGAUACCCGCUUUAUAAUUCGAUUUGCUGAUGGCUGCGAAAUCUCACACAAAUCUCCGCAUGCUACAUGGAAAGUACCCGUGGCGUACAACCUUAGCAUCAACAAAAGUUGUAUAUCUGACCUAAUGGGCUUUCCUCAGUUUCGUCGCUCGUUGUGUGCAGAUAUUUCUGGUCUAAUUAUAUCCAGUAACUCUCGAAAUCCGGCCUUAGUUACCCGGUAUCUGCAUCAAAACUGCUCCUCGUCAUAUUUCCCAUAAUAAAAAAUAUAUGGUCUCCUCCUGUCUCUGUUGUUUCUUGCGACAUAUUGUCCAGUAAUUCUAACCUUCUUAACCACCUUUCCGCCAUAUUUGAAUCACUAAGUACAAGGUGAGUCUAACUGAGUGCGGCUCAAGGGACGUCUACCUCUCACUCACACUUUACUCAAAAUCGGAGCUUCACUUGAGUGUGAGUGGUGUCUUUGAAUAGUUGGAGUGUGAGUGUCGCAAUAUACUAUGUGAGUGUGAGUGGACACUCAUUGAGUGGUGAGUUGCACUCAUUAAGAAUGAGUGUCCACUCAUUGAGUGUGAGUGUGAGUGAGCUUUUUGAAUACAGGCGUUAGUCUCGAUGGCCAGACAAGACAGCUAGAUAUUCAAGUUAUUGAGUCCCCGGGGCCAGCGUUAUUUGGGCGUGAUUGGCUUUCUGUAAUCAAACUAGACUGGGGCGAGAUCAAAGCCCUUAAAGUAAACCAAGCGACAGACAAUGAGACACAGGGUAAGGUAAAUAACCUUUUGAAAAAGUAUAAAAGUGUGUUCGACGAUGAUUUGGGCACCUUGAAGGGACACCAAGGUGACCUCAAAUUAAAAGAGAACUGUCGACCCCGAUACUGUAAGGCACGACAGGUGCCAUAUGCCUUGCGACCUAAGGUAGAAGCCGAGCUUACACGCCUUGAAAAGGAAGGGAUUCUAAACAAGGUGGAACAUAGUGAGUGGGCAACCCCUAUUGUACCUGUGGUCAAACGAAAUGGCUCAGUACGAAUAUGUGGGGAUUUCAAAGUCUCUGUUAACCCAGUUUUAAUCGCAGAACAAUACCCAUUGCCCCGUAUCGAGGAUAUUUUUGCCAAUCUGGCUGGGGGUAAGCAUUUUACCAAAUUAGACUUACGCCAAGCCUAUCACCAAAUGGAGGUCACUGAAGAGACACGAAAGUAUUUGACGGGUCUAUUUCAGUAUCAGCGGUUAGUUUUCGGUGUGACGUCAAGCCCAGCAAUUUGGCAAACGUGCCAUGGACCAGCUGUUACAGGGUAUACCUGGAACACAAUGCAUCCUUGACGACAUGAUAAUUACCGGAAAGUCCAAUGAAGAGCACUUAGAACGGUUAGAGGAAGUUCUAAAGCGAUUACAAGAGGCAGGUCUGAGAGCAAACAAAGAGAAGUGUGAAUUCUUCAAGGAGAAAGUUGUGUUUUGUGGCCAUGAAAUUGAUGCCAAUGGUUUACACAAAACCCAAGAGAUGAUCGAGGCAGUAGUGAACGCCCCUAGGCCCGAGAAUGUGUCACAAGUUCGAUCCUUCCUAGGACUGGUAAAUUACUAUAAUCGGUUUCUCCCCAACGCAGCUUCAGUUCUUCACCCACUACAUGUAUUGCUUCAAAAAAGUCACAAGUGGAAGUGGACUGAACAAUGUGAGAAAGCUUUUAAAAAUGCCAAGCACUUGAUAACCUCUGACCUAGUCCUAACCCACUACGACACAACGCUUCCAGUUAAGAUCGCAUGUGAUGCUUCACCAACCGGAAUUGGUGCAGUGUUGUCGCAUGUUAUGGCAGAUGGAAGUGAAAGACCAGUGGCUUUUGCAUCCAGAUCGCUCACCAAGACGGAGCGCAAGUACUCCCAGAUUGACAAGGAAGCACUGUCAAUUGUGUGGGGGGUCAAGAAGUUUCACAUAUAUUUGUAUGGGCGACGGAUUACACUAGUCACUGACCAUAAACCUCUGACAUCCAUUUUCCAUCCAGAAAAAGGAAUACCCAUAAUGACGGCCACAAGACUCCAACGCUAUGCAUUGUUCCUAGCUGGAUUCGAAUAUGACAUUGAGUACAAGAAUACGAAAGAACACUGUAAUGCAGAUGGUCUAUCACGACUACCACUGCCUACCACUGCCAAUGACGGAGAAAGAGGAUACAGCUGUGGAUGCAGCUGA